UACUAGGGAAGCUGUCAGCCCGACUGAGAAUGGGAAUGGACUGCGAGUAAGACAUCAAGGAGGCAAAGUCGCAGGACAAAUAUCAAACGCAGCUGCCGUCAGGACAAUGCGGAUAAGUCAAAUCGCAAGAUGCUCGCGUCAACCAUAAAACUAGCCAGAAAGAUAAAACGCACGCCGGACCUAAAACCCGAGAGCCCGCACCAGGACCGCCCCUGGCGAACGCUACGAGUUUUGGUGCACGCCAGGCAGCCUCUAAUUUGUGAAACUUGCCUACAGUUUAGAAAGCGACGGGCAGUCGCCGUCCGUCCGCAGUGAUCCUAACCCCAUCCGAAAAAGGAGAGCAGCUGCCAUGAGGAAGUAUCCUGUAAGAGUUAUACAAAGUGAUUUGGAUUUGUCAAAGACUUUUCUUUCUACUAAUCGAUGGCAAUUUAAAAAAUCAUGCAUGGGUAUGUGAAUUUCUGGAUUCAGUCAACCACAUGGCGCAGUCAUAAACAUGUUCAUCUUCAGCAACAUGCGCGGUUCGGAAAACCACAAAUCAAAAUGUCAAAAGUGCUACAGCUGUUGAUGUCUCUAUAAAGGCGGCAUCUCUCACUCGCAUAACUGGAACGGAAACUGGCCGGCUACCGUUUGGCGGAGCAGCUCGGCUGAGCGUCAACCUCAGUGAUGUACAUAUAUAAAUGUUUGCCUAACUCAGCUAAUAGGGAUAAAUCUAAUAUUAAAAAAAUAAUAAAUGAAAAUUAUUAUGCAUGUGUACGGAAUAUUUGGGAUAUGUGAAUAUAUUGUUGUCUGUCUAAUUUACCAUUGGUAUUAACUAUGCGAAUUUUUGGUUUUGUUGCCGUGGAAAAUCUCCGCUAUAUGCUUCAAAAAUUUUCUUCAGCUGAUCCCAUUUAUCUGGGCUAUGAGCUCAAAUAUCCUGGCACCAACUUGCCCUUCAACUAUUGGAAAAGCGGCUACGUGCUGAGUCGAGAGGCCUUAAGGCGCUAUACAAUGGAGGCCAAGAAGCCAGAUACGAAGCAUUGCAUGAAAAAGCAGGGCUUCACAGAGGAUUUGGAGCUUGGGCGCUGUUUAAUGCAUGUGGGCGUGGUCACAGUCGAUACUCGGGAUGAGUACGGUCACGAGACUUUUAUACCGAUCGUCACAAGCGAACUCUUCAUAAAGGGCUACGAGUAUAUUCCCUGGCUACGGAAUAUGAGUUGGCAUUUCACGGAUUUGCAUACGGUGCCCAUAUCAAGGCGGGCUAUUACAUUCCACGUGUCUUAUCCGCCCAAAAUGUUUGAUUUAUAUUACUUUAUGUAUCGUGUACGUAUUUUUGGCACACCUCUGCGCAAUUCCAUGGAGCUGCUGUCUUAAUAAAGGGACCGAAAACUGUCGCAGCUGCCAGUUGGCUGUGAAUCUGCCAAAGUAUUUCCGUGUUUCGGAUAUUUCAAUUACGUGUAGAGGGCAGCAUCUUGGGUUACGGCUACGUUUACUUCCGUGUAACCCACAUAUCAUCUAUCAUCUAACUACUUAGCCCAACAGUUUCUCACAUAAUUCAUGCCACAUACGGGUCCACAAUCUCAGCCCACAUACAAGCACACUGACACACACACACACACACGCAGACACACGUGGAUUGAGAUACGUGUUCAUCAAUGAAAAGUAUGUCUCCCUGUCUCGCCAGGUCUUCGUUUUCCCAAGCCCUUUGUUUCCAUUGGCUGCCUGCGCAAAAUUACUUCCGUUUUGUUGCAACUGCAAAGUGUCAUUGUUGCAACAUGUCUGGCACUGUCUUCGGGCUCGGCAUUCGAAUCGCUAUCGGAGUCUCUUGCCAAAGGGCGAAAGGCAAAUUGUAUGCAAUAUUGCGCUUUUUUCUGCUACAGCUCCGGCUGCUGUUUCCUGUGCCUCACUGUACUUGUGUGUGUGUAGGCCUUUUGUUUACCAUUUUGUGCUGCCAACCUGUUAGCCAACAAUGACAAUUCAUCUGGUAAUUUGAGCACGUAAACUGAGACAUUAAUGCCCUAUAUGAACAAAUAUCGCUUACCUUUACUCAUAUUUAUACGUCUUUUUUUUGACAGUUUCACGUGAA